AUGAAACCACCAAACGUUGGAAUUUCUGUGCACAAACUCACUCUACACAUCAACAACAAGUGCCUCUUUGAAGAUUUGGAUUUUUCCCUCUCAAUAGGUGAUAAGGUUACCCUUGUAGGAGAGAAUGGAUCUGGAAAAACCACUUUUUUACGUUUAUUGAGUGACGGUGGUUCUACUUCGAAAACCACCACUGCCACUACCACCACUUCGGAUUAUACCUAUUCCGGAUCGGUGAGGGUCGAGGGUAGAAUUGGUUAUUUGCCACAACAUUUUGAGGAAAUCAUUAUGAAAGAUCAGGAAGAUCUUUCUGCCAUCAUGACCAGUCUGCAAUGUUUACAUGAUGAAACAAUGAAUCACUUUCUAAAACAAGGACUUGAACCACUCUCUUCCGAAUGGUAUCAGGAAUUGAAUGCUGUCGGAGGACAUGAGAUAUUUCGACAAGCACAUCUGAUCGGACUAUCCAACCAAUUACUGGAACAACCAUUUCAUCAUCUCAGUGGUGGAGAGAAAACAAAAAUCAUGUUAUGUGCAUUGAGUGUGAUUGAAACGGAUAUUUUGUUAUUGGAUGAACCGACGAAUCAUUUGGAUCGACAAGGAAUUGAAUGGCUGGAGAACUUUUUGAAGGAAUACAGUGGAGCAGUGAUUAUGGUGACACAUGAUCGAAGUUUAAUUAAUGCAGUUUCUAAUAGAAUUUCUGAACUUUCUCCUCAUACUAAGAAAUUUGUGCACUUUAAGGGAGGAUAUGAAAAUUAUUUAAUUCAGGAAGAAAAGAAACGUAAAAAGUCGAUCCAAAAACGUGAACAACAAGACAAGGAAUUGAAACAAGUCAAACAAAAAUCUACACAACUCAAAUGCAACAUGAAAGAAAAGAAGAUUCGAGGGACUUUUAAUCGAUUUACUCGAAAGCAAGAACAGAUCACUGAAAAUCUAGUGGACAUUCUUCCAGAGAGAACCAAAAUUUCCUUUGAAUUUGAGGAUGAAUCGAUUUCAUCAAACAUUUGUUUGGAAGUAUUUGAAUUGGCCAAAUCUUUUGAGGAGAAACUUUUGUUUCGUCAUUUAUCUUUUACAUCGGUGAACGGAGAUCGACUUGUGAUGAGAAGAUGUUCGAUACUUCUCUUAGAUGAACCAACCAAUCAUAUUGAUUUUCCAAGUUUGGAGGUGAUUGAAGAAGCAUUAUUGAAUUUUCCUGGAAUCAUCAUUGCUGCAACUCAUGAUCGAUACUUUACUGAAAAGAUUGCCACAGAAAUUCUAAACCUUUCAGAAUUCAAUGAUUCCUCUCACUCCGAGAAGGUACUUCAAUCCAGUGAAGAAAGGUUGAAAUAA